CAGCCAUUGGAUCUGGACCAUACAUAAGGAUCGUAUCAGCUGCGAUGGCGGCAUUUUAAAAAAAGUUCAAACCUACCUAUACGAUAUUGACUGCCAGUCUGUAAAAUGGCGCUUCCGCUCGGAAUCUUCCUAGGCGGCUGCGUCAUCGCGAUUCCUGUCGUUACAGGCGUCGCGCAGGGCGUCGAGCAUCAGAAGAAGCAAAACGAAGAAGCCGCCAAUGAGUCGCGCAUGUGGAAAUUCAACUGUCUGGUGGCAUGCGAUGACCCUGAUCCAAUAGCAAAAGAGGAGGUGGACCACGGUAUUCUGGUUGUGCGCCACGACAAAGUUUGGGUCGUGCCGAGGGACGCGGAUGACAAACCCAUGUGGCCCGAAGGCGUGGAUGGAGAGGGCAAAGAGCCACUGCAUGCAUUUGCGGGCUUCUACAUUGCGUAUCCGGAUGAAGACCGCAAUCCACCGGAGCGAGGAUUAGUGAGCACUAUCAGUGAUGAUCCGCCCAUGCUCAACUGGAUAUACUGCGACAAAACCACAUACGAGUUACGGUACUCGAAUCGUACCGGUAGUAUCAUGCAUCACAUCGGUGUCUGGGACUGGUCAGAAGAUGAGAGCCAUCUCACUUUUGACGGCUGGGAAGGUUUCGUUGUUAUUGACGAGUGGGAUGGCGCUGACGAAGACCCUUCAACGCCUUGGGGGAGAGAAGGUCUGCGAUGGGCCGUGUACUUUGACAAAGACGAUAACGGUCUAAAAGGUCGGAGGAAAGAAAGAGAUAUGUUUGAAAUUAGUCUGAAGAGGAGGAUACAGAGUGCAGAAGAGCAGCUCAAGCAAAACGAGGCGGCAGAGAAGAAGAUGCAAGUCAAGAGUCGGGGUGGACUCAGUACAUCAUUUGCGGCGCCACAGAAGGAGAGAGAUAAGGAGUGGGAGAAGAAGUUUGGUCAAAAGGCAAGAGAGGAGUUGGAGAAGAAACUAGCGAGAGAUAAAGAAGCAGGAGAGGGACCGCAGUGGGAAAGAGGUGAGGUUGGGAAAGAAGUCAACUAAAUGAAGGCUUUUUCUUAGAACGAUACCUCUAUCGAAGCUUAUCCAGUUUUGAUCAAGGCCGGAAUUUGUACUCGUACGAUCGCGGGCCGUUUUGAAUACCCUACGAGGACUUUUUCCGAGUCAUGAUGCUCCUUGCAGAUACAUUCUGGAAAUCCAAAGAUGACCUAUAUCAGUGGUCAGGCAGGCGCUUGCUGAUAUCGUUAUAUAAACUCGCUAAUAGAUGUGACGGGGUCAUAUAUACAAGUACCUACAUGAUAAAUUCCAGCAUAGGAGACAUUACGUUAAAUAUCAUCGAAUAUCCUCUAAAGACCAGACAUCAAACAGAAUAAACAUUCCCGAGGGUGAAUGAAAUGCUCUAUACCAAAUCCAAAUAACUUCGCUAAUCAUAACAUGUUCCU